UUUAAUUUAAUUAUUGCCGAUCAGGCCAAUUGGAUAAUUUCCUCGGAUGUGGCCAUUGUCAUAGCCGAUAAGUAUCCGAAAGCGCAACAUCACUAUCUGGUGCUGCCCAAGGCGGAAAUUUCGUCCGUCUUUAAUCUGACCCGAGAGCAUUUGCCACUGUUGGAGGAACUGCAUCUGCUGGCCCGCAACGUUGUCGAAGUGCGCGGCCAGCAGUGGAAUGACUUUAAGGUGGGCUUCCAUGCCGAGCCGAGCCUGGAACGCCUGCAUUUGCAUGUGAUAUCCCAGGAUUUUGUGUCGCCAACUCUAACGAAGAAAAAGCACUGGACCUCCUUCAACACGGCACUGUUUGUGCCAUACGAAGAACUGCGCGACAAGCUUCAGUCGGAAAACAGUUUCCAGCGCCUGCCGCCGCAUGUGUGCCAUAAACUGCUGGCCUCGCCGCUUCAAUGCAAUCAAUGCGAACGGAUAUGCAUAAAUUUUCCCGAACUUAAGGAACAUUUGCUGGAGCAUCUUCUAAGUAAGAGUAAUAUUUGACGAGGCUGCAAAAGACGGAGA